AACGACUGAUCCUUCGUGCUCAACGACCUCAGCUUCGCCUGAGUCACAGGGACGACAGCAAGCGUCUUGCUCCCAAGCCGCUAUCUCCACCUAUGUCGUCCUGGGCACGGUCUCCUCUGUUCAGCUGGCGGUUUCAACGACGCCUCGGCCGCCUUCGCCAAUAUCUACGCAGCCCGAGCUUGAACAGGCCUGCCAUCGCCACCCGAAUCAUCGUCAUCGGCUCCGCAACCGCGGAUUAUGUUCGGCCUCAUGGCUGACGCAGGAUGAUUAAUGGUACACUUGCCGAUGUGCGACAACCCCGGCAUGCGCUUUCAGUGCGGUGCUCGGCGCGGACGAACAUCUUUCCUCGGUCAACAUCGUCCCCGAGGGCCACGGCGUCCCCGGCGGCGGCUGCGAGCCGAUGCAUUGGCAUGCGCCACCCUCAUCACCUCGUGAAGAAGGCUGAGGACCGUUAGCGUUGCAGCGGCUUGAACACUCGAUGGCGCCAGGAGAGCAUUCACAAGGCAUGAUAGAUGGUCCUGUUUAACCGUAUUCGAUCCUGUGUUCGGUCGUUGUUGGUGUCUGACCAUUUGUCUUCGGAAGUUGACGUGAUGUCCUUGGCCAUGUCUCGCUAUCCAUAU